AGAGUCUCGAGGACGACGAAAAGUGAGCCCAAGAAGAUCGCAACAUAUUCUCGCCGUUUCAGACGACCGAGCAGCGGGAUCCUGGCCAUCUUCAGCUGUAACAGGCGGUCUUUGCUGUGGUAUAUAUCGUCCUGCGACGUAAGUUAUGUCCUGAAAACAGUGAAAACAGCAAGCAAAGCCAUCGGCGCAGCAGUUUCGGUGGGUAACAUUUAAUGGGACCCACUGAAGAACUGCCGCCGCCACGUGGAAAUGCGAUUCAGUGGUCCGGAAUUUCGUUACCAUUCUUGUUUCCAAUUCUUUCCUCGCCAUUUCGUUCUAUUUCCUUCGGGUUAUUGCCUUGGUAUACAGUUGUUUCAGACUGUUAUCUUUCUAGUUCGGAAGCAAGAACCAUAGGAGAGUUGGAUAUUGGACUUGCAACGCGAUUCCCUCGUUGCGUUGAUCAUCUGGCGCCGCCUUUCAGCUUCAGCACCGGUCUUGUCACCUCUGCCUGUCUUUCUCCUGGUCUUUACCACGUCUUUCAAUUUUGGAACCUUGCGAUAUAACGCGCUUGCUCUUAUCGUCUUUUCCCUCCCCUCUGUGUCCCAACCUUGAUCACUUUCCAGAGUAGCGAGAUGAAACGAAACGGAUCGGCUUCCCAGAGAAGCACUAGAGUACCUUCACCCACAAACACUACGUACUCUGGUUUCUCAAACUAUAGGACAGAAAGCUAUCGUCCGCUCAAAGAACCUGUCCCGCCAUUUCCCCCCGUCGACUCUCGGACAGUGGCGCGGACCCAUUUCGAUCAGUUGCACCGAUACCUUGCAUCUUAUCUCGCCAAAGAGCCUGCAAACUCACGUUCUACUGCGAGACAGAAACUUACGCGUUUGACACGGCAACAAUUCCAGGAACUCUCUACGGAUGUCUACGAUGAGCUGGUCCGUCGUCAGAACAACACCACGGAGAAUGAAGUUCCUUUUUUGCCCGUCCGCGAUGACUUUCAUCCGAAGCGAAAUCAAGCUCGUCAGAAGCUCGCAACGCUUCCGACAGGUCGCUUCAAGGAUUUAUCUAGCGACGUAUACUAUGAACUUUCCCGACGAUACCCAGAAUUCAAGGAUGAUGUACCGGAUACAGCUAACUUGACUUCACCUGGAUCUACUUACGACGACUAUCCUUCCCCCGAAUUUGCCACAACACCUCAGACCAAGGCGAUUCCUCCCUCAGCUCUUCGGUCGAGUCGUGCGUCAGAAGACAGACCUCCAGACCCUUAUGCAGGCGGUUCUGCUCGCAGGCCCAGCGAGGACUUCAAUAGUUCCCGACGCAGUGAAGAUAUCUACGGCGGUAUGGAAUCAUACAAUUCGUCUCCUGCGCCAAUGCCGCCCUCUGCUUCCGUUGCGUCACGGCGCAAGCCUUCACAAGAUCUUUACAGCAACGAUCGACGGAGACCAUCACAAGAUUCCAACAUCUCUGGACGUCGGUCAACAGAUCGAGACUACAGCAAUAGUGCUGGACGACGACCAAGUGAAAGUGUGAGCGUGACGAGUGAUUCCACUUCAACUACAAAUGCACAGAGCGCCACGGCCGGUAUGGGUAUGAUUAUACCUAAUAAAAGCACAAUUGCCGAGGAAGAAAUCGAAGUACCCUACGGAAGAGAGGUGAGAGAUAGCACAGGAACCGCUGUUGAUGAACGAGGCCGUGAUCGUGAUCGGACAAGCCAAAGGGACCAAAGUCGAGACCUUAGUCGAGGGACUGAUACCGAUGCUGACGGUGAUGAACCUGGUAUUGGUGGUCUCUCUGGUCUCAGUGCGCGUUUACAGCAGGUCGAAGGAGACGAUGACGAGGGAGCACUUUCGGGCGCUGGCGCUCGAAGUGGUGACGAUUACUAUGAGAAGAUGUCAUUUGGACGGGCAUCGGUCGCGUCGGAUAGGUCUGCAGGUGGCACGAGAAACUACGGUGGUAGGUCAAGUGUUGCUGCUGAGGAUCAAGAAAGGAUCAGGCGUGACUAUGAAUACAAGAUUGCGACUAUGCAAACCCGGAUCACUACGUUGGAAAGGGAUCUCGAGGAUUCGCAGCAUCGCGAACAGAAGGCUGCUGAAAGUGAGCAGAGGGUCCGGCAAAUGGAGGGCGAGUUGGAAGAACUGCGUCAACAUUUAGAAGAGAAGACAUCCGGCAUGCGCACUUUGCAGAAGGAGCUUGACGAGCUGCGUGAAGAUCGUUCUCGAGAGAAAGAUCUCACCGCUCGACGGGUGCGGGAAGAUGAAGAAGAGAUUCAAAUUCUACGUGAACGAUGCGAGCGACUUGAAGCACAAAAUAGUAACCAGGGUGAUCUCGAUAUCUUGGAGCAGCUCCGUUCUGACAUGGAAGGCCUGAUAACCGAGCUCUCUGACCUCCAACGGCGGAAUGACGAGCUGAUGACGGCUAAAGAUUCUGAUCUUAUCGUCAUACGGGAUCUCGAUGCACAGCUCAAAGAGUACAAGCGUAAGUACGAGCAAGCGAAGACAGAGCUACGAAGUGUCAAAGCGACUUCCCAAUUGUUCUUACAACCUCCAAAGACCGACGAUCAACUCCCCGUGUCGCCGGAUGGUGGUCUCCUUGACAUUCAUGUCACAGCUUUCGUCUCGGCCAUCGAUAGUCUACUGACCGCUGGACGUUCCAAUGCUCCUACACGAGUACUGACACCCAUGAAGGCUGUCAUCAAUGCGGUAACGACAAUUGUAGAAGAUGUGCGACUAUUCGACCGAAGACCUAGACGGGACCGUUCUGAAGUCGAUGUCGAGGCUCUUCGAGCUCUGCGAGAACGUGCUGAAGCUACUCUCAGUAACCUCGUUACAGCUUCAAAGACCCACGCAACGAGCAGUGGCAUGUCACCUGUCAGUCUCUUGGAUGCCGCAGCAAGUCAUGUCUCCUCUACUAUCACGGAAAUUGCAAAGACUGUUUGCAUUCGCAAGGCGACGAAGGCCGAACAAGAUCAAUUCGUACCACCACCGUUAUCCAGUUCAUCACCUGCAAAUGGUUUCUCGCCUUCUUUGCGGUCGGUGGAAGAGAGAUCGUUGCAUUCACGGGGAGGCAGUAGCGCGAGUGUGCGAAGUGCUGGCGGCGGCGAAGCUCGCUUUACAGAUAUGCCUUCUCCGCCAGCGCCUCCACGUCCAUUGUAUGGUCGAACUUCGAAUGAAGAUAGGAGACGGCCACCCUCAAAUCCCUCCAGUUCUGAUGCAAGUGCUAAUUCUCCUCCACCGAUCUUUGACCAUCCAACGUCCUCUAGCACUGGUAUCACCAGCGAUGAUUCUGCCACUGCAGAGGGUCCUGAAGAUGCAUGGAUGGAACUGAAGGUGAGUUCAACGGUUAUUAUAAGAAUAUACAGGAUCUCAAAUUCCUUUACUGUGUAAGCCCUACCUGGAGGCGCAGACCGAGUCAAUCGUCUUUGCUAUUCAGAGUGUCCUCUCAGGCGUCCGCAGUCCCACACCUUCACCGACACUCAACGAGAACAUCACUCAGAUUAUCACCAUUGUUUCCAGUAUCGUCGCUGUAUGCAAGGACAGCCUACCUCCUGCGUCUGCGACACAAGGCGAGGAUAUCUUGCGCGAAUUGAGCGAGCAUGCCAAUACAUUGAGCGAGGUGCAAUCUCUGCCGGAGGUUACCAAGGAGUCUCGCCAAAUUAUGGCAAAGUCGAGUUUCGCUGUCGCCAAUGCUAUGAAGGGUUUGAUGAAACUAUGAAAGUCGUCUAUUUAAUUGGAGUAUGCAAGGAUAUAUACCCAAUCCCACUCGCUGAUACUGUACAUAUGCAUUCUACUGGGUUGUAAUGAUACGUCUCCGGUUAAUCAAAUGGCUUGGUUUUGGAUUGUACUUA